AUAGCAACUUAGCAGGCAAGUUUGCCAGGAACAUGGAAGCUUUUGCCGUGGACCCAUUGCAAAAAGAAGGCCUUGUAUCACAGGAAAGCCACGGAGCUUCAGCUGGAAGGACCUACAAUAGAAGCCCCUUCCAGGAUGUGGCUGAGGAACAUGGGCAGGUGUGGAUCAGAAGAAAUGAUAGAGAGGUGUCACAACCUGUGCUGGAGGACAGUUACACAUGCCAAGGUGUAGAAGGACCUUUUGGAAAUUCAGGGGCAGUGAAGGCAAACGGAAACCUAAUUGGUGAAAGGAACGAAUCUUUCACUAAUUUGGACAUUGGUUUCCAUGAGAUUUCAGUCCACCCAGACCUUCCAAAGGAAAGAAAAAACCACGAGGCUUCUUCCUAUGUAGAAAGUUGGGAUGAAACAUCAGAUAGGAACAUGAGCUGGAAAUCCCACCCAGGAGAGAAGCCAUUUCAAUGUCUUGAAUGUGGGAAGAGUUGUAGUAGGAGCUCCGAACUGAUUAGGCAUCAAAGGGUUCAUACUGGAGAGAAACCCUAUGAAUGCCCUGAGUGCGGGAAGAGCUUCAGUCAAAGCAGAAACCUUACUUCCCAUCAAAGGAGCCACACAGGAGAGAAACCCUAUCAAUGUUUAGAGUGCGGGAAGUGUUUCGGUAACAGCGGCAUUCUCACUUCUCACCAGAGGAGCCACACGGGAGAGAAACCCUAUCAAUGUUUACAGUGCGGGAAGUGCUUCAGUCAAAGCGGCAUUCUCACCGCGCACCAAGUCAUGCACACGGGGCAAAAGCCAUUUCCCUGCCUGGAGUGCGGGAAGAGGUUUCGCCAGCUCAUACACCUUACGUCCCACGAGAGAAUCCACACGGGAGAGAAACCCUUCCGGUGCCCGGAGUGCGGGAAGAGUUUCCGUCAACAUAUACAUCUGACUUCUCAUCGAAGAACCCACACGGGAGAGAAACCUUUUCGGUGCCAAGAAUGUGGGAAGAGCUUCAGCCAGAGUUCACACCUGAUUCGGCACGAAAGAACCCACACGGGAGAGAAACCAUUUAAGUGCCUCUUGUGCGAAAAGAACUUCGGUCACAGCUCUGAACUGGUUCGACACGAAAGAACUCACACAGGGGAGAAGCCCUUUAAAUGUCCCGAGUGCGAGAAAGGCUUCAGUCGCAGCUCUGAACUUCUGCGACACAAAAGAAUCCACACCGGGGAGAAACCCUAUAAAUGCGUGGAAUGCAACAAGAGCUUCGUCGAUAGCACAAACCUUAUUAGACACCAGAUAAUUCACACGGGGGAGAAACCAUACAAGUGCCCGGAGUGUGGGAAAUGUUUCAGUCAGAGCAGAAGCCUUACUGCACAUCAGCGGAUUCACACGGGCGAGAAGCCCUUUAAAUGCCAGGAGUGUGGGAAAUGUUUUAGUCAGAGUGGGAUCCUUACCGCCCAUCAAGGCAUGCACACGGGACAGAAACCCUUUAAAUGCCUGGAGUGCGGGAAGAGGUUUCGUCAGCAUAUCCACCUGAUCUCCCACCGAAGAAUCCACACAGGCGAGAAGCCGUUUAAGUGCCCGGAUUGCGGAAGGAGCUUCCGUCAGCACAUACACCUCACCUCUCACAAAAGGAUUCACACCGGGGAGAAACCUUUCCAAUGCCAGGAAUGUGGCAAGAGUUUCAGUCACAACUCCAUCCUUAUUUCUCACAGGAGAACCCACACCGGAGACAAACCUUACAAAUGCUUGGAGUGUGGAAAGAGCUUCACUUGGAGCACCCUCCUGAUUAGACAUGAACGAACUCACACUGGGGAGAAACCCUUUAAAUGCCAAGAGUGUGGCAAGGGCUUUAGUGAGAGCUCGCUUCUCAGUAAGCACCAGCGGCGUCACACUGGGGAAAAACCUUUCAAAUGUUUGGAGUGCGGGAAGAACUUUUUCUCUAGCACGCUUCUUAUUCGACAUCGGAGGACUCACACAGGUGGGAAACGGCUCAAUAUUUGGAAUGUGGAAAACGCAUCAGGAAUUGUUUGAG